AUGGCUGACCCGAGAGUGACUCGCAUUGACAAUGCCCUGCACCAGCUGUUCGAAAGCCUUAUCCCACCUCUGAAUCCGGACCAGGACGAUACCGAAACUGAGUUCCGAAUCGAACAGGCCGUCCAGACUGCGAAAGAUUUGGUCCGCAACGCAGAUCCUCGUCUCCCUUCAGACACAAAUCAAGCCUCAGACUUGAUCAAGAGAAAGCUUUUACGAGAGAAUGCGUCUCCUGAGAAGGCUGCCAGGUUCAGCAAUCUCUACUCUAGACUGCUAGCCAUUCCAGUUCUCAAUCAGAAAUGGGCGAUCCUCUAUCUCCUCCACAAGUUAGGAGAUCCUUCAAUACCAGACUUGCAUCAGCGCUCUCCACUUGCAGACUCUGAUCAGGUUCGAAAUAUUCCCCGUCGACACACACUCUCCUCUGAGAAACCUUAUCAUGCCGAAGACUAUGAAGGUGAAGAACAUGAGGCUGCGCGCCCUCGUUUUUCGCCUAGGAGGUCUCCCGGCCACCGAUCGGCUACAAAUCAAUAUGCAAGAGAACAAAACGUCGCCAGUCUGGCCCAAGAGGAACAGACAAUGCGUGAGAACCAGGGACCGGAACCAGAACAAGUAUCUGUCAAGAAGAUACCACAGACUUUCUCCCCCUCCGAACUGGAGUUGCUUCGCGAUCUCCCCUUCAAUUUACAAGGAGUGUCUUCAGCCCAUCUGGAGUUUGUCGGUGCCAGUUCGCUAACCCUUCCUUCAACCCUACCCGUUCCCAUUUUAUCUUUGCUUCAUGCCUUAGCCGAACCAUGUUUACUAUAUCGUGGUUUGGCCGAGUACGCGGGGGGACAAGAUGGUGGCCUCAUAGAUCAAAGUCUUCGCUCUGCCGUUAACAACGAAUUGAGGUCAUAUUUGAGUCUGGUGGCUUCGUUGGAAACAGAGAUAAGGCAGGCUCUGGCCACAAUCCACGCAGGGAAAGACCAGAUAGCCAUUCAAACAAUCGGCGUAACUUUGAAGAGGUGUCUGAUUUGGACUCGUGAUGCCACCAUGGGACUAAGGUUGAUGAAAUUGAUUGUCGAAGAAUCAAAGCUGAAGCGUGGAGGUCAAUUGGUUUCUCUUAUACACUCGCUAUCUUCAUCGCAUGGAGACCCCUUUGUGGCUUCCUUUGCAGAACGUCUCCUUUCAAAUGUUGCCCGCCCUUUUUAUGAGAUGUUGAAACACUGGAUUUACGAUGGCGAAUUGAUCGAUCCUUAUCAUGAAUUUUUCAUAACGGAGCCAGACCCAAACGCUCAACCAGUAGUAGACCAUCGCCAUGUCGCUACAUCAGUGUGGGAGGAAAAGUACAAACUUGAGUCAGCCAUGGUUCCAUCUAUUAUUUCUUCGGACUUCGCGAGGAAAGUCUUCCUGAUUGGCAAAUCGCUCAAUUUUAUCCGACACAAUUGUGGUGAUUCUGACUGGGUCAUUCAAUACUCAAAAUCAAACUCAAAAUCACUGGAUGUUGCAAACACAGCCAAUCUGUCGCUCUCCAUCGAUGUUGCUUACCGAACAACAAUGUCGCGAUUGACAAGUUUGAUGUCAACAAAGUUUGGGCUUUUUACACAUCUGACCGCCAUCAGAAAUUAUAUGCUGUUUGCUCAGGGUGACUUCUUCGAACUGCUGAUUGAGUCGUUAGCCCAACAUCUAGAUCGGCCAGUCAAUUCAAUGUAUCGACAUAAUCUCACCUCUCAGCUUGAACACGCCAUUCGGCACUCGAACGCCCAGUAUGACGAUUCCGAAGUCCUUCGGCGGCUUGAUGCUCGCAUGCUCGAGCUUUCGAGCGGUGAGAUUGGUUGGGAUUGCUUUACACUGGAGUACAAAAUUAGUGCUCCCUGUGACGUGGUAAUCACACAAUGGGCGAACACUCAGUAUCUGAAAAUCUUCAACUUGCUCUGGAGGAUUAAACGAGUCGAGUUUUCUCUCAACACAACUUGCAAGCGAUGCAUGACAGGAGAUCGAGGCGUUCUUGCUGCAGUUAGCGACAAGUUGGGCAAUGACUGGAAACGCUCAAGAUGUGUGGUUUCAGAAAUGGUUCACUUUGUUAAUCAACUUCAGUAUUAUCUCUUGUUUGAGGUGAUUGAAGCUAGCUGGGAGAAGCUAGAAGAAGCCAUUAAGAAGCCAGAAGCCACUCUCGACGAUCUGAUAGAAGCACACACUACAUACCUAAAUAACAUCACGAAGAAGGGGCUGAUUGGUCAGCAACGACACCCGGUGACGGGUUUGCAGGAAGAUAGCCUUGUGGUCCAAGUGCAUCAUAUCCUCAAAUGCAUGCUCAAUUACCGAGAGGUCAUUGAUUCGCUGUAUUCGUACAGCGUUGCCGAGUAUACUCGAAGGCAGCAGUUCAGUGCUAAAAUCGAACAGCGGACCGCGCAAGGGCGCUGGGGGAUUACGGAAAAGGAUUUGGUCGGAGAUUCGAGAGCUAGUACACCGACCUCUACAAUCGCAAACAAGGUCCAGAAGCCAGGACCUCUUCUUCCUGAAGAGAACGACUCUAUACUGGUACAGCCGAUCUCACAUCUAGGGCUUGCCGAUGAUGAAAGCCAUCUCAAUUCUCUGCGUUCACGGCAAUUGAACCUUUCAGCAGAAUUUAGAUCACGACUCAGCAUGCUUUUGUAUGACUUGGCACACCAGCCUGACGUUGAUCUUCGAUUCUUGGGCGUGGUCAUGAACUUCAAUGAAGUAUAUCAACCGGUAAAUGUUAGGAGACACCAAGCUAGACGCGCUCGAGAGAAGCGCGAAAUUGAAAAGAAGGUUCGCGAAGUAACGGCUUCGUCUGAAGCAAACACGUCGAUGGAGAAAGACCUUAACAGUUCUACAGCUAAGGGUUGA